AUGUCGGAAUCUGAUCAUGUAUUUGAUAAAUUUGAAUAUGGCAAAAUUAUUACUUUUGAAGAUAAACACAUUCUUGAAUAUAAGGAUGAUGAAGAUGACUGUGAUCAACUUAAUGUAAAAAUUUAUCCAAAUAAGACAAAUUUGGAGUCAGAAAAUAAGGAUAAUUAUGAUUCGGGAAAAAAUAAGAACCAAGAUAAAUUUAAAUUUAAAAGAACAAAGAUCGAGGUAAUUAAAAAAAAUUUAAGGAAUGAAACAAACUAUGAAUCUAUUUAUAAUGAAGAAAAGAGCAAUGAUAAUCAUUAUAAUGAGCUAACUAAAUUCAAUACAAAUUUCCUAACAAAUGAUGACAGUAUUUUUGAUGAUACUGAUAUAUUUUAUGAUAGAUUAAAGAUUCAAAAGAAAAAAAAAACUUCACAGAACAUUAAAUUUGAAUUUGAAUCACCAUCUCACUCUAUUACUAGUCAUUCUCAUUUAAAUAAUGAAGAAAAUCCUAGCCAUAAAUCCAACAUAUAUUUGUCUUUGGAAACUGAAUUUUGUAGAAAAAUCGAUAAUAGCAAUAUUAAUCAUAUAAAAAACGAUCCAAUAAAUAGCAACAUUAUUACUAAUAUUAAAAAUGAAUCCACGUCUAGCGAUUUUCAAGACAAUAUUGUUAAUUCCUCAAAUCGAAAUAAUCUAUUGGAAUCGCAAAAUAACAUUCUGAAACCAAGGAAUUCUAAAGAUAAUACCAGUAAUACGCUUGAUGAAAGUUCAGCAACGUCUGAAUUAAAUAACGGAACUCAACAAAGUAAUUUGAGUAAUAGUAUUCUUUACGAAGAGCCUCUUGACUUUGGAAUUUCAUCUGCAUUGGCACUACUUAAAAAAAGAGGUGAAAUAUCAUCUUCUAGCAAAAAAGGGUCAGCUAUCUCCAAUGGUAAUGAAAAAACUAAAGAAUAUGAAGGCUCAUCUGCUGAGUAUGACACAAACUUGGAAUCAAACAAUCAAGUUUCCAUUUUUCACACUGAUAACAAUGGAAACAUUCUAAACCCUAAAGAAGCCUUUAAACAACUAUGCUGGAAAUUCCAUGGUCAAAAAAUUAACAGAAACAAAAUAGAAAAAAUGCUCAGAAAACAUAUACGCAACAAAACUUGA